ACGGUUCAACCUCAUUUCCCUCCCAAAUUUCCUCUAUCAUAUAAACUUCAUUUCUCUGAAUUCGGAGAGAGAGAAAGUAGACAGAAAUUGACGAUGGAGGGAGAAGACGACCGCCAUAGCCAGAGAGAGGAAAGCUUGAUAACAGGUAACAAUGGAGGUAGACAGAAGAAGAUAAUUGUUUUCACUGGAACCGCUGCUGUUUUUGCUGUCGCUUUUAAUUUCGCUUACGUCGCCUUCAAAUCCUACCAACAUCGCCAAAAAAUUCAAGAUCUUGUUGGGUCAAAUGUGAGGGUAAAUCUUUCAGCAAAUGAAAUUCGGAAAUUGGCAGAUCGUAUUAUCUCGGAGUCAACCGAGGUUCAUGAUGCUGUCGCUUCUGUGCCCAUUGAUAAGGUUACAUAUCAAGAUAUCAUGGUGCUAGCAGAACUAGAGGCAAAACAUUUUCCACUGGUCCAGUCUUGUGUUUUCCCAAGGUUAGUAUCGAGUUCAGCCGAAGUACGCAAAGCUAGUGCUGAAGCAGAGCAGAAAAUAAAUACACAUAUUGGGUCUUGCAGAAAGCGUGAGGAUGUGUUUUGCGUUGUAAAAGCUUUUGCUGCCAGAGGAGAAUGGAAUAGUGCUGAAGCAAAGUCGUAUGUUCAAUCUCUGGUUAGAGAUUUUGAGCAAAAUGGAUUGAACCUUACCUCAUCAAAGAAAGAGGAAGUUCAACGCUUGCAGGCUCAAAUUGAUGAUCUAAGUACGCAAUAUGUUCAAAAUAUCAAUGAUGAUCAAACAUUUCUUCUCUUUACUGAAUCGGAGAUAGAAGGAUUGCCCUCUGAACUCCUGCAGAUUUUCGACAGGGCUGGCAAAGAUAAAAUCAAGGUUACCUUGAAAAGUAAUCAUGUGCUGCCAAUACUAGAGCUUUGUAAAGUUGGAGCAACUCGGAGGAAGGUAGCUGUGGGAUAUGGACAAAGAUGUAAAGAAAUCAAUGUGCCGGUGUUAGAAAACUUGGUUCAGUUGCGCCAUAAAAUUGCUAGGUUGCUUGGGUAUGAUAAUUAUGCAGAAUAUGCUGUUGGUUCUAGGAUGGCAAAGAGUUCCUCAAAGGUUUUCGAAUUCUUGGAGGAAUUAUCUACAAGUUUAUCUGACUUGGCUGCCAAAGAACUUGCUAUAUUGAAGGAGUUGAAAACAACAGAGGAAGGAGACAUUCCUUUUGGAAUUGAGGACUUGCUAUAUUAUGUUAAAAAGGCUGAAGAAGAUAAGUUCCAUCUAGAUUUUGGUGCCCUUAAAGAGUAUUUUCCUCUUAGCUUGGUUCUUCAAGGGAUUUUCAAAAUACUUCAAGAUGCUUUUGGAUUGAGAUUUGAAGAAAUAGUCAUUGCUGAGGUGUGGCAUGAGGACGUACGUGUUUUCUCUGUCUUUGAUUUGAGCUCUUCUGAACUUAUGGGCUAUGCGUACUUCGAUCUCUACUCCAGGAAAGGAAAAUACGGCCAGACUUGUGUUUUGCCUCUCCAAAAUGGUUCAUUAUCAGCAAAUGCUGCUAGACAGGUUCCAGUUGUUCUACUGAUGUCUGAUAUUUUAAAGGGGGAUGUUAACUGUCCUGCAUUACUGCGAUUCUCUGAAGUUGUUAGUCUUUUCCAUGAAUUUGGCCAUGUGGUCCAUCAUUUAUGCAAUCGGUCGCCACUUGCUCGAUUCUCUGGCUUGCGUGUUGAUCAUGACUUUGUGGAGAUGCCUGGUCAUGUAUUUGAGAACUGGUGCUAUGAUAGCAACGUCUUGAAAUUAAUAUCUGGUCAUUAUCAGGAUAUCACAAGGCAAAUUAAAGAUGAUAUCUCUACGUCUUUGCAAAGAUGGAGACAUUCAUUUUCUGCGCUCAAAAUGACUCAGGAAAUUCUUUACUGUCUUUUUGAUCAAAUAAUACAUUCUGCUGACAACGUCGACUUCCUUGAGUUAUUCAAGUAUCUCCAUCCCAAGGUGAUGCUUGGAUUACCUAUCUUGGAAGGCACAAAUCCAGCUUCGUGUUUUCCUCAUUCAGCUAUUGGUUAUGAAGCUAGUUGCUACAGUCGCAUUUGGAGCAAGGUUUUUGCUGCUGACAUAUUUGCUUCCAAAUUUCUUGAUGGUGGUCUCAACCAUCAAAUUGGCAUGCAGUUUCGCAAUAAGGUACUAGCUCCAGGGGGAGCAAAGGACCCACUUGAAUGUUUGACAAGUUUCAUGGGAAGAGAACCGUCGAUUAAAGCAUAUGUAGAUAGCAUAGCCUUUUCAAGUGACUGAUGAAGCAGCAAAUAAUUUAGUCAGAUGCAUUAACUUUUAACUUCAGGGUUAUUCAAGAGCCUGAACAAUAAACUCAAAUAAUGUAGGGAUAUGAAUCAUAUAUGAUUCGUCUAAAGGUCUUCUUUUUCUAGACUGGACAGCCUCUUUUGUAUUUGCCAAAAGAAAGCUCGGUGCAAAUUAGGGUUUUUUUUCUUCUGAUUUGAUGAAGUUAUUAUUCAUCCAUGUAAAGAAUACAUUUUUGAGUACAAGUCACAAAUGUACUUUUGUUGAAUAAUUGCCUCUUGUUAUUCUAGUCUUUGAUCACUUUGUGUUUGCUUUUCCA